AUGGAAAAUUACACGCAGCCCUCUACUGACUUCGUCCUCCUGGGCCUUUUCCCCCUAUCAAGGGCUGGCCUCGUCUUCUUCACGCUCACCUUCCCCGUCUUCCUGAUGGCCCUGGCUGGCAACCUGUGCAUGGUCCUGCUCAUCCUCCUGGACGCCCACCUCCACACACCCAUGUACCUCCUGCUCAGCCAGCUCUCCCUCAUGGACCUCAUUUACGUCUCCACCACUGUGCCCAAGAUGGUUGCUGGGUUUCUAACUGGAAGCAAGUCCAUCUCCUUCAUUGGGUGUGGCUUCCAGAGCUUCUUCUUCUUGACUUUAGCAGGAGCAGAAGCGCUGAUCCUGAUGUCCAUGGCCUAUGACCGCUAUGUGGCCAUCUGCCUUCCUCUGCACUACCCCAUCCGCAUGAGCAGGAGAGUGUGUGUGCUGAUGAUCCUGGGAUCCUGGGCCAUAGGUGCUGUCAACUCUUGUGCCCACACAGUCUACGCUCUUCAUAUCCCCUACUGCAGGUCCAGGGCCAUCGAUCACUUCUUCUGUGAUGUCCCAGCCAUGCUGACUCUGGCCUGCAUGGACACCAGUGUCUAUGAGUACACUGUUUUUCUGAGCACCACCUUCUUCCUCCUUUUCCCAUCCAUAGUCAUUGCAUUUUCCUAUGGGAAAAUUCUCCUUACUGUCUGCUGCAUGCGCUCCCGGGAAGGCAGGAAGAAGGCCUAUGCCACCUGCGGCACCCACCUCACCGUGGUGACUUUCUACAUGGCACCGUUUGCCUACACUUACCUCCGUCCAAAGUCCCUCCGUUCUCCAACAGAGGACAAGGUCCUGGCUGUCUUCUACAUCAUCCUCACCCCGAUGCUCAACCCUGUGAUCUACAGCCUGAGGAACAAGGAGGUGCUGGGGGCUCUGGGCAGAGUAACUCAGGGAAUCUGCCUUAUGAAAAUGUAG